CCAGUCUGUUGUACUUCAAAAUGGCGUCGGGUGCACUCUUCGGAAAUGCGAGUGGUCGCUCUCAAAGCAAAAAUUUGGUUGAGUUCCGUGCAGGAAAAAUGUACAUGAAAGGGAAAAUGGUGCAUCCAGAUAAACGGAAAGGUUUGGUGUAUGUCUACCAAUCAGACGAUUCGUUGAUGCAUUUUUGUUGGAAGGAUAGAACGAGCGGAAGUGUUGACGACGAUUUAAUCAUUUUUCCUGACGAUAUAGAAUUCAAGCACGUGAAACAGUGUACAACAGGUCGUGUCUAUGUCUUAAAGUUCAAGUCAUCAACAAGAAAGUUUUUCUUUUGGAUGCAGGAGCCAAAGUCAGACAAAGAUGAAGAAAACAGUAAAAAGGUCAAUGAGUUUUUGAACAACCCUCCAACCCCGGGAUCUAGCAGAGGUGGUGGAGGUACUGGCUCUUUGCCCUCUGACCUUGCCAACUUGGCAGGAGACUCGGACCUGCAGAGCAUUUUGGGAGGCAUGAGUCAGCAACAGCUGAUGCAACUGCUAGGUGGUAUGAACAUGGGAGGACCCGGUGGUGGUCUGUCUGCAUUGAUGGGCAGACCUGGAAGUGUCCAGUCAACUGCUUCAGAACCACCCUUAAGGGUGCAGUCAUCCCCAGGCACAAGAGGUGGAUCAUCUGAGACUCCGUCCCAGCCUCGACCAGUGACGGCAGCAGCCCUGCCAUCCCAGAAUACAACCACAACGUCUACAACCACAGGAAGUACAACAACAACAUCAGCAGGUCAGAGUUCAGGUGCUAACAAACCAGCAAUACAACUGAGUGACUUGCAAAAUAUUCUGUCUAAUAUGAAUGUACCAGCUGAAAAGGAAUCUGUUGAUCUAGGACAGGCAUUAAGUCCAGAGUCAAUGAUUCCAAUUCUAGCCAAUGCAGAUGUACAACAGAGGCUUACUCAAUAUCUACCUGAAGGGGAGGUGCUACCCAAGUCAGAGGAGGAGCUACGGGCUACAAUCAGCUCACCUCAGUUUAAACAGGCACUUUCAUCAUUCAGUUCGGCACUACAGUCAGGCCAGCUGGGACCACUGAUGACGCAGUUUGGUCUAGGAGAGGAUGUAGCUAAUGCAGCAGCACAAGGAGAUUUAGAAGCAUUUGUGAAGGCGAUGCAGGCACGGCAAAAAUCUAAAGAUGAUAAGAAAGAUGAACCUGAAGCAAUGGAACAAGAUUAAAUUGAUACCAAAAUGUUUUGUGAAGAAUUAGAUUUGAAAACUAGCCAUUUACAGUUGUAUUAUUGUGCUAAUCAGUUCUGCAUUUCCUGUAAACUGGGUGAAUUUGCCGCCAGGCCAUUCUUUUGUUAAAAAUCUACAGGCUUUUUAUUCUCAAUAUGCAGGUUAUUUUACAUUGUAUAGUCUAAGUGUGAUUUAACUUUGCCUAAAUGAUUGAUUAAUUCAUAAAGAUUGGGUCAGUUACAUUGCAGUUGCAUUAAAAAAUCUUAGUCCAAUUGUACAUUACAUUAUAAAAUUAUUCCACUUGAAGUCACAUAUUAUAUGGAUUUUUUGAAGGAUACAAAUUUUCAUAUUCAGUUUGAAGUUUGCUAGAAAAUAAAUGCAGAAACUUUCAACAGCAGGUUUCUUAUAAGAAGUCAUAGUAGUAAGGUUGAGAAUUUAGUAAGAUAUGUAAUUGAUUUAUAGAAUAAAGGCAUACAAUCUGCUUAUCAUUGGAGCACAGAAUACAUAUUUUGUAAGAAAGGCUAAAACACUCUGUAUAUAAAUCAUCAGAAACUCGUGAUUUCAUUAUGUGAAGCAUUUUUAGAAAAAUCAAUAUUCAGUCAGACAAGAAUAGAUAUUUGAAAUGAACAGAUUUAUUCUAUAAUAUUUACUAUAAUAUACACUUGCAAAACAAA